GAUGACUCGCGAUCAGAUGAGAGAUCAAGAGGGAGCCGGAGCGCAAGAGAGAAGCAAAGGGAUGUUGCAGAAAUUUUGAUUUCAUUUUAUCUUCGUAGGGUGAAUUAUUUUGGAAAGUUCUUGAGAAGGAGAGGGCUUGAUGGUCUCACCCGGAACCCUGGCUGCAGCCAACACCCAGACAAGAUUACUGGAUGAUUCCUCUCCCACCCCCACCAACCAACCCCGAGACACCGACGCUGUGGAAAUAAAUCUGGAAUCGCGUAACAAAGUGGUGCCGAGGAGCACGGAUGCGACAAUGACCUCGCCCACCAUGGCGACGACGAAUGAGAUGCGUAAGAAAUGGCAGGUCUUGCCAGGAAGGAACUCAUAUUUUUGUGAUGGUCGGAUUCUCAUGGCUAAGCAGAAGGGAAUAUUCUACCUAACUACAUUUCUGAUUCUUUUGGUCAGCACAAUGUUCUUUGCUUUUGACUCCCCGUACCUCGCCAACAGAGUAACGAUAGCCAUCCCCCUGAUUGCAGCUGUCAUGGUGGUCUUCUGCCUAGGUACUCUCUUCAGAACAAGCUUCACAGACCCAGGGAUACUACCCAGAGGAACGGCAGCAGAGCUUGCAGACCUAGAAAAACAAAUAGAACCCCCAAAUCCAGAUAAUCCCCAGUACAGACCACCACCAAGAACAAGAGAAGUGACAAUAAAAGGCCAAACUGUCAUGCUAAAGUACUGUUUUACAUGUAAGAUCUUCCGUCCCCCGCGGGUCUCGCAUUGUAGCAUGUGUGAUAACUGUGUUGAAAAUUUUGACCACCAUUGUCCAUGGGUGGGAAACUGUGUUGGCAGGAGGAAUUAUCGAUAUUUCUAUCUCUUCUUAGUCUCAACGUGUAUAUUAUCUAUGUUUGUCUUUGCCUGCAAUAUUACAACACUUGUACUAGGUGAGUGAUCAGUGAGAAAUAUUAUCUGAAAUGUGUUUGUGAUGGUACUCGUGUGGGGAAAUUCCCAUCUGUUUGCCUGAAUAGGGGCAAUGUUCUCCUUCAACUUCAUUAUCUUUUGUCCUCAUUUUUUUCUUCAGUCUUUUCUCCUACCCUUCACUCUCUUGCUCUUCCCUUUCUUGCUCAUCAACCUAUUCUUCUUUAUUCUCCUCCUCUUCUUUGUUGUCAACUUGUUAUUUCUUUCCGCCGCCUUCUUCUACUUCUUCUUUUUCUUGUCAUCGUUGCUCUCUUCUUCUUUGUCAUUGCCUUCUUUGUUAUGUUCUCCAUCACCUCUUCUUCUUCAUCAUCCUCCUCUUUUUCUUCUUCUACUAAUCCUCCUCCCCCUUCUGCUUCUCAUUCUGCCUCUUCUUCUCCUCCCCCUUUUCUUCUCCUCAUCCAGCUAUAUUCUUUAUUUUGUCUUUGCACCCUAUUUUCUCAAGAAAGGACCGCAAUCAGUUGAAUUUUUGGCAUGGAGAAUUUUUAUUUCUCCUGAUGAUAAUGUCCUAUUUAUCUCAUCUGCAUUGUAGGAACCAUUACGUGUGAAAUCGCCUGGGUGAUUAAUUAGUCCAUUUCCUGUCCGCCAACUGCUAGCUGUUUUAUAAUUGUGUGUCCUGUGGGAUGUCUUGUUUUUUUCUUUAUCCUACAAUUCUCAGUGUCUCAAAUAAUUUGAAAAAUGUCAUUGGCCAUUGAAUUCAGAGGCCCAUAACACAAAGCUUAGCGAUGAUCGUAGAACAUUUUUCUACAAUUGAUUGUGCAUUGACUACAAUGUACAAUCAAUCGUGAAAAUCAAACGUGAAAAUCAAACGUACGAUUAAUCGCUGACCUUUGUGUUACGGUACCCAGGCCUGAGGUUUACCUUAGAUCUGGCUUAAUUGAUGUGUACAUAUGUACACUCCCAUUCAGGGAAUAAACAUGGGUUUUGGGUGUAUUUUCUGUAAAAAGUUCUUCUGUUUAAAAUAUUUGAAGGUUAAUGCAUUGCAUGGUUUCUGAUGUAGAUAUAUAUGUACAUGUACAUGUAUGCUCAAAUCCAUACUCCACCAGUGCCUUGCAGUGCGUAACAUAAAUAUAUAUUUUUUUAAUCAACAAUCAAUGGCAAAUUCCAUGGCACCCUCCUUCAUAUUGCAUUUAUUUUAAUUUCAUUAAUGAUCUAGAAACCAUCAGUUUUCAGGUUUACCCAAUUGCAAACAUUAUUUUGCAAUUGUCAGUCUUCUCAUGAAUAUAAACCUGCUAUCAUUAUUGUAUCCUUCAAUUUACAGAACACAUGUUGAGUACACAAGUAUUAUUAAGCCUUGUUUCCCCAUCUUAUGCAAUUAUCAUGACAAUAACAUGUCCAGCGCAUUAUUAGACAGCACAUUCAUUACAUGAAUGCCUGCAGUAAUAAGGUGUCGCAAAACAUGUCCUGACGUCAGACAUGACGUAUGGGAAGACCAUAAUGCUUGAUUAGAGUUGUAACAGUACACCAAACUUUGUAAAAAUGAGAUGUUUAUUGUCUAUUUUCAGUCAUGCUGAAAUUAACAAUAAUAAUGGCUACAAGCACUAAUAUGCAUGAAGAAAUUUGUCCUGUUAUGUCAGCAGUUUCCAUUUUUCAAUUCCGUCUGCAAAAGUAUAACCAAUUCAUUUUUGUCUUAGAAUUUUAAACUACUAUUGGCAAAGAGAAAAUAAAAUUAAUGAAUGGAAAAAGUGAGCACCUCUGGAGAGUUGAUAAUAACAUCAGAGAUACUUAUCCUAUAGAAUUUCAAUUGUCAAAAUCACUGUACUGACAUAUAUGUACUUUAAUAGUCUGCAUGCAGGCACAGACUUAGAUUGAUGCAUUAUCAACAAGUGAGUCUUGGAAAGAGCCUAGUACAAAUUCUAAUGAGCUACAUAAAAGUCAAUCAUCAAACUAUUCCUUUAUAAAGCCUUUGAAAGGAAAAAAAAUCCGACCACUUUUUUUGACAAAACUGAGGGUUUGUAACUUCCAUUUGGAGCUCCAUUAUUUUCUUAAAUAUAUUUUUUCAUUGCCUACAUGUAGGCCUAUAUAGAUUUAAACUAUGAUACAAAUAGUCAGCAGUUUUCAUUGGUGAUUUGUUGUACAUGUAUUAAAAAGCUACUGACAUCAUUGCUUCUGAUUGGCUCAGAUUGAGCUUGUCAGUGAAAAUCACCGGUAA